AUGAGUAUCAAGGAUUGUGUCCUUCUGCAACUGUUAUAAGAGAAUGUUUUUUAAAUUACUUUGAAACUAAGUUGUUGGAGAGUUUUAUUGAUAUGUACAUGAGAAAUUUAUCUGGAGAAGUUUUAUCAUCUGAUCACACUUUCAAAGUAGCAUCCUUGGUUUGGAUUGCAAAAAACCAACCAUUUGGUGCUUUUUGGGCUGUUUUGAAUGAGUAUAAUGAGGUGAUUACCAUGGCAUUUGUUAAAGAUAAGUCAAAUGCUUGCAUAAAACCUAUUCUUGAGAAUCUUAAGAAACGCUACCAAUUAUUAAAUAAAGAUGAUCCUUGGGCAUGUAUGGGCAGAGAAUCACAAAGUAACCUUUUUUAUAAACAGUUUGUUAGAGAAUUGCAUGAUAUUUUUUUCAUAAACAAAGAUAAUCAAAAAAAAAUCCCACAACCAACUUUGUUAGAAGAAAGAUUAGAAAAUUUCAUAGAUAAACAUAAAAAUCUCAAGUUUAAUAUUAUAAAUGAAAAUUUUCUCAAACAGCAUAGAGAUAAUUUGAUUCAUAUUAGACUUGGAUGUGUUUCUGAUGUCCAGGACAAGCCUUCUGAAAUCAUUAUCAAGGCAAAUAAAGCUUUUGCAACUCCUUUUAGAUGUACUGCAUUGUUGAAGAUAACUGUCUAUCGAAGAAAUGUUCAUAUGGGGAGAGUGAAUCGUCAAGAUAAUUUCUUACUAAAUGAUAAAGAUAAUUUAUUAAUUAAUGAUACUAUGGAGGAAGAAUUGAAUGACAUGGAUAUUAUGGAAUCAGGAGAAGACAUGGUAUCAAGCCUAUUGGAUUUAUCUUAUGAUAGCAGUGAUCCUGAAAGAACUGGAGGUUAUGUUUGCACCAGUAAUUUUAAUUCCAAUGAACACAGUAAAUUCAAAGAACUUUACAAAAAUCAUCUAAAUCAAAUUAAUGAUCCUAAAAAUAUUAAUUGGGAUAAAGUAUAUGGAUAUUGGAUGGAUCUUGCUGAUAGAAAUGCAGAUUCAAAUUCUUGUACAUUAAUCCGUCCUAAAUUAAAAGAACAUUUAAAAGAGCAUUUUUCAGUAAUUAAUAAUUUUUAUUAUGAAAAAAAAAUAGAAGAAAGUGUAGAAGCAGGGUCUUCAUCAACAACAUCCAACUCGUCAUUAAAUACAAAUGUAUUAAAUAAUAAUAAGAGACCAAUAUCACCAGUGCCAUCAUCACCAUUUAUGCAACAGCAACAAAAACAAACAUAUAAAGAACCAAUUUGUCAUUGUUGUGGCAAAAGUAAAUCUAAAGAUAAAAAAGAACAUCCACCAAAAAGGUAUUGUCCUGAUGGUGUGUUAAGUACAAAAAUACAUAUUACAUUUCCUCGCAUUUGUGAACAAAAACCAUGCUUUCAAAAUU